AUGAUAGGCAACUACAUUAUAGGAGCUAACUCUGCUCCGCUCAAUCUUAUUGAGAUUAUCAAUAUUCAGCAAACUCUGUUUACUAUCACCUGUCUCUCCCCUGAGCUCGCUCUCCUCCUCUUCUCUGUCUUCCUCUCUUCCUCCGUCGUCUCUCCUCGCAGUCUCUCCGGCUCGGAUCUGCUCGGCGUAACCGCCAUCAACUCCUCCGCAGCGUCUCUCAACGCUUCUCUUUCUAAGCCCAAGGAGGGCAGCUUCGCCGAUAUCAUCGAUCGCGCUCUCGAGAAGGAGUUCAACGAGACUGACCAGAGUGAAGCAGCUGAUCCUGGAAGCUUUAACAACAGUGUAGCGGGUCAGCAGGCUGUUCUUGAAACAGUAGCCAGGGUAAAGUCAAAGAAAAAUGAGACGAAAGAGGAAAAACCAUUUAAAUUCCAGGAAGUCUUCUAUCUAGAUAAUGAUAACAGAGCUGAGGACACUCCGACCCUGAUAGACCGAAAAGACAAUGUCUUCAUCAUAUCCAAUUUCAAGUCAAAGUACCCAAUUUUGCAGUUAGAUUUGAGAUUGAUAUCAGAUUUGGUUGUUGUCAUUGUAUCUGCAACUUGUGGUGGCAUUGCUUUCCCUUGUGCUGGGCAGCCGGUCAUAACUGGAUAUUUGCUAGCAGGAUCUAUCGUUGGGCCUGGUGGAUUGAACUUUAUCAGUGAGAUGGUCCAGGUUGAAACUGUAGCUCAGUUCGGUGUCAUAUUUCUGCUUUUUGCGCUGGGUCUAGAGUUUUCCACUGCAAAGCUUCGAGUUGUCCGAACAGUUGCUGUUCUAGGGGGCCUUCUUCAAAUUCUUCUCUUUAUGUUCCUGUGCGGUACUACGAUGUCGUUGUGCGGUGGUAAACACUCAGAAGGUGUAUUUGUUGGAGCAUUUUUGUCGAUGUCAUCAACAGCGGUGGUGCUGAAGUUUCUCAUGGAAAAGAACUCCACAAAUUCUCUUCACGGACAAGUUACGAUCGGUACCCUUAUCCUUCAGGAUUGUGCUGUGGGUUUGUUAUUUGCAUUGCUUCCUGUUCUUGGUGGAAAUUCUGGCAUUCUACAGGGAGUGGUAUCAAUGGCAAAACUGGUGGUCAUGUUGCUUGCUUUUUUGGCUGUUUUGUCCAUUUUAUCACGGACAUGUGUUCCUUGGUUACUGAAGUUAAUGGUCAGCUUAUCAUCACAGACGGACGAACUCUAUCAGUUGGCCUCUGUUGCAUUUCGCUUACUUGUAGCCUGGUGUAGUGAUAAGUUGGGCUUAAGCCUUGAACUGGGUUCUUUCGCUGCCGGAGUUAUGAUAUCAACUACGGAUCUCGCUCAACACACAUUGGAGCAAAUUGAACCCAUUCGCAACUUAUUUGCUGCUCUUUUCCUUGCGAGCAUCGGGAUGUUGAUUAAUGUGCAUUUUCUCUGGAAUCAUGUCGACAUAUUGUUAGCCUCUGUUAUAUUAGUUGUUAUCAUAAAGACCACUAUAGUUACAACAGUUGUUAAGGGGUUUGGAUACAAUAACAAGACGGCCCUGCUGGUUGGAAUGUCUCUGGCUCAGAUUGGGGAAUUUGCCUUUGUUCUCCUUAGUCGUGCCUCCAAUCUUCAUCUCAUUGAGGGGAGACUUUACCUCCUCCUCCUGGGGACAACCGCUAUUAGCCUGGUUACGACACCUCUGCUUUUUAAACUCAUCCCAGCUGUUGUGCAUCUUGGAAUUUUGCUAAGAUGGUUUGUUCCAGACAGCUCUGUCGAGAUGGGUAUGAAAGGAGAGGUUCUGCGACCAGAGAGCGGGAAACAACGGACGUCACACCAAUCCCACAAUUCAUAGAAAGCCCUCCCAAAGUAAUCAUUGAGAAAAAACCACACGGAUGAAUGUUCGAAGUCGAAUUUGCGGAAUGUAAAUUGCGUCAGCUGCAUCCUCGCUUAGUCCUAACCAGACGAAGAAGAAGAAGAGAGAACUGAGACACCUGUUUCUUCCAAGACUAACUCAAGGCAUCCGCCUCAGAGACAGGUAAAUAACGAUCCUUCUUUCUUGCUCACCCCUCUUGUCUCUGUUCCUCAACCGGGCUCUAUUCCCUUGUUACUAUCAUCUUGUUUUCCUCUUUUCCUCGUGUGAUCCGAAAAUGUGUAAAUCUCUUCUCUCUCUUUCUCUCUAUUGGCGUUUAUUCCUUGUUGGGUUUGGGGUGGGAAUCCUCUGGUCUCUAUUGUGGUUUGUGUUCUUGGUGUGAGCUUUGGGCUCUGUCCUUCUCCUUCCUUUGUAUCCAAAUUUUGUCCUCUUUACUUGACGAGUUUCUCCUUUCUCUUCUCAACUUUAUUUCCAUCA